AUGUUUUCUUCGAAUCAGACUCAAAUAACUAAAAAUUUAACAGUAGGAAAAAAGAAUUUUAUAACUGAAACCCUUAUUGAUUUAAGUACUGACUUGCUAAUAGAUAAUGCAGUGCCCAAUAAAGAUGAGAAAUUGCUUGAUACAAUGCUUCUAUAUUCUAAGAUUAAAUCUCACAAUAUCCAUCUUUCUAUUGAAUCGCAAGAUAUU